AUGGAUAAUAUUAAUCUUCCUUCAUCUGAUUCGACCACAAAAAUCGAUGAAGAAUCAACAACUGAUAAUGAAGUUACGGUAAAAUAUGAAUUAAUAAAAGAUCAAAUAUUUGACGUUGGCCCACGUUAUACAAAUUUAAAAUAUAUUGGUGAAGGUGCUUAUGGUAUGGUUGUAUCAGGUUAUGAUAAUGAAACAUGUCAACGAGUUGCAAUAAAAAAAUUAUCUCCAUUUGAACAUCAAUGUUUUUGUCAACGUACAUUACGUGAAAUAAAAAUUUUAGCCAGAUUUAAACAUGAAAAUAUUAUUAAUAUACUAGAUAUUUUACAUUCAAAUAUAUUUGAACAAAUGAAAGAUAUUUAUUUAGUACAACAAUUAAUGGAAUGUGAUAUGUGUAAAUUAAUUAAAUAUCAAAAACUAAGUCCAGAACAUGUUUGUUAUUUACUUUAUCAAAUUUUACGCGGACUGAAGUAUAUUCAUUCAGCAAAUGUACUUCAUCGUGAUCUUAAACCAUCAAAUUUAUUAUUAAAUACAAAUUGUGAUUUAAAAAUAUGCGAUUUUGGUUUAGCUCGAGUUGCUGAUCCAUCAUUUGAUCACAAUGGUGUACUUACUGAAUAUGUAGCUACAAGAUGGUAUCGAGCACCGGAAAUAAUGCUCAAUGCUCGUGUGUAUAACAAACCAAUUGAUGUAUGGUCCGUCGGAUGUAUACUAGGUGAAAUGCUUGAUGGAAAACCAUUAUUUCCUGGUUCGUUUUACUUAUUUGAAAAAAAAAAACUUGAUUUAUUUUACUCGAUUAUCUUUCUAUUAGGUAAACAUUAUAUUGAUCAACUCAAUUUAAUUCUUAAUGUUGUUGGUUCUCCAAAUGAACAUGAUUUAACAUCAAUUGCGAAUGAAAAAGCACGAAAUUAUUUAGUUUCUUUAAAACCUCGUGUAAAACAACCUUUUACUCUUCUUUAUCCUAAUUCAGAUAAAAAUGCAUUAGAUUUACUUGAUCGUUUAUUAACAUUUGAUCCAAAUAAACGUAUUAAUGUAUCCGAUGCACUUGCACAUCCAUAUUUAAAGCCACAUCAUGAUGCAAAUGAUGAACCUAUUACUAAACAUCCAUUUACUGUUGAAAUGGAAAUGGAUGACUAUCCAAUAUCAGAAUUAAAACAAUUAAUAUGGUAUGAAACAAAAUUAAUUAAAAAACAUAUCUCAUUACAAAAAAUGCCUAUUACACCAUAA